AUGGACAACGAUAGUCCAGGACCAGCACUUUUUACCAGUACACCGAUAAAAAACAGAUCGAUUGGCUUGAAUACAGAAACAAGUUCGUCGCCCUUCAAAAGGCAACGAAUGACGGCUGUUAGCUAUGGACGUGGCGAGUUCUCUACUCCCUCAGAUGACUGCAUAAUCUUCGAUGAUUCAUUCAGUUCCUGCUCAAGUCCCGAAAAUAAACAACUGUACUCCCCAGUGGUUGCCAGAUUAUUGGAUGAAUCUCGAAGUAGCGAGUUAGAAGAACUGUCUUACUCUCCAGUGGUUGCCAGAUUAUUGGAUGAAUCUAGCGAGUCAGAGAUCGAGACGACACCCCAAAAACAACAACACGUGAGACUCCUUGAUGAAACAGAAAGCAGCAUAGAUUCGUUUGCCGACUGCUUGAAUCCACCCAUAUUGCUUGACAAUGACAAAGAAAGCAGAGUCAGUAGCCUUGAUGCGACCAUCCAGCCAACUACAGUAGAUACAACUGUGAUUCAAAGAAGUGAAGCUCAAGAAGACGACGAAGUAUUGUCAGGAGUUUUUUCUUUUAGCUCUAAUGCCAGUGACAUAAGCAAUCACGAAUUUGCUGAAGAAGUUUACUCAUUAUUGGAUGAUAGUAUUGAUGCCAAUACCUCAAAUGCUGACAGUGAAGAUGAAAAGCCCAGGAGUUUGCCACAAAGUUGGGUUGAUCAAGCUGAUAACAAUUGUGAUGGUUUGGAUAAACCCAAAGACUUAAAACUGAGGACAGAUGAAGAUCUGUUGUGGAUAUUAACAAUUAAAUGCUGCAGCAACAAGUGUAUGAGGUCUUUGUCAAUUGAGGACCUUGAUUAUGCUCAAGUCAAUUUAAAGGAACGAACACAGACUGAAAGGAGAAACUAUUUAUUGGACUUCAUUCAGUCACACAGCAAACUUAAUGAUAGUGGGGAGUUUGAGACAGAGUUUAUGAUAAGGGGCAAAAUUGUGUGCAAAGAAGCUUGGCUCCUUGCUUGUAAUGUUAGCAGAAGCAGUUUUUCACGGGUGGCAAAGCAGUACAAAGAUGGAGUUGUUGUGGUACAGCAUGGGAACAAAGGGAAAAAAGGGAUCAUGGCAAAGACAGCAGAUUGUAUAGCGUGGCUGCAAUUCUUUAUUGGCUCCAUUGGCGAUAAUCAACCAGAUAGCAAGACAAUUCAUUUGCCAUCCUGUUUUAGUGGGGUCGAUAUAUAUAAAAAAAUGAAAGAUGAAAACACAAGAUUUGGCCUGCCAACAAUAUCCCUUUCUCAUUUCUAUCGUUUGUGGGAGCAGCACUUCAGUCACGUACUUAUCCCUAAGGAAAAUCGGUUUACUAAGUGCAAUGAUUGCACACAGUACAAACGGGAAAAAGAAGGCACAAUGGAUAAAGGACAACGAGCCAGAAUUGAUCAACUUCUAAAUGCCCAUCUAGAGUUAGUAUGGCAGGAGAGAAGAGUUUAUUACCUUCACCGGUACAAAGCAAGAAAGUUCCCAUCUAAAUACCUUACUAGCAUUAAUGAUGGUAUGGACCAGCACACCACAAACAUCCCCAAUUUGCGGAGAAUCAGCAAAUCAAUGGCUGGUCUUAGGAUGGUUGGAACUCACCUGGUUGGGUCUAUAAUCCACAGUGGCCAAGUGUCUGAGGGAAAAGCCUUCUAUGGCAGCUUUGACUACUACCAGUUUCCACAUGACUCAAAUCUGACCAUCUCCAUUCUACUAGAUGUGCUGGUUAAGUGGACAGAAGAUCAGCAUAAACUGCCACCUGUCCUCUACCUCCAGUUUGACAACUGUGUCAGAGAAAAUAAGAACCAGUUCAUGUUCACCUUGCUAGCCAUUCUUGUCCACCUUAAGGUCUUCAAAAAGAUACGAGUGAACUUCUUACCUGUUGGACACACACAUGAGGACAUUGAUGCAUUUUUUGGUGUGUUUUCAAAACAUCUUGCCAAGCUAGAUGUGUACACAAUGGAUGAUCUUCAAAGAGCCUUGGAAUCAUGUGUUAGUCAUACAAUUCCUCAGGCGUUUAGUCUGACAAAGGUGUAUGACAUCAGAACUUGGCUAAAUGGUUAUGGAGCUGACCUUCAUGAACACACUUUUCCAAAGUGCUUUAAACUGGAAGCUAAUGAAAAUGCAGUAGUAGAGAUGUUCUACAGAAACUGGAGCCAUUACAAAUGGAAAGGACCAGUGGUGCUUAUAGAGCGGGUUCCACCUGGCAAACCAGAUCUUGUUAAACCAACCCUAAAAAAGCUUGAUUUUGAAAGACUUAAAACGGACAUUCCAAAGUAUGAAGGCAACAUUCCUCAAUCUGCAUCCACAACAUGGACCAACUGGCUCAAUAGAAUUGAUGAGUUGUUGGAGGUACCUAAAGAGUACAAUUGGCCAGUAGAGGAACUUUGUAAAGCUGAACGUACAGUACCUCAGCCUGUGUCAGAAAAAGUUCCUCAAGACCUGGAGGAGUUACGUGACAGGGAAACUCAAGAAACUAGAGAGAUUUACACCGGACGAUAUAGGAGGCCAGAAGAAAGAGCAGCCCCAGUAGCCCUUGUCGAAGGGAACUUUCUUGAAGGAAUCGCUGUUGGUGCCUUUGUGGCUAUGUACUUCGCGAACUCAAACGAAAUCCCGUGUCUUGGGAAAGUUUUAAAGCUAGAAACGGACCACUUCGAAGUCCAUUACUACAAAGGUACAUACAACGGUAGAUGGACCCCAAGGCAUGUCCCACGAAAGAGGGCUACGCCUUGGACUGAGCGAUUGGCUAAGACUUGCAUCGUAUGGUGGGGCCAACUCGUGGAUGGGAUGAAACUGGAAAAGGCUACCAGGACAUUUUUGAAGGAGAGAUACGACUAUCUUAUCAGUCAUUGAUAGCGGAGUUUAAUAUUGUUUUUUUUUAAUACAGUAGACCCUCGCUAAAUUAAACUCCGAAAGAAAAGGAAACUUUAGUUCAAGUUAGCGGGGAGUUCGAGUAAGCUAGGUCGAAGAAACGUGGUUUUGAGUCAUAACCAACUCAAGGGGAACAGGACUUGCUUCGGAAUAGCGGGAGGAUUAGAGUUAUUCUAGUUCGAUUUAACUAGGUUCUACUGUAUGUCGUAUUUUGAGAAUGCAUUUCACUCUACAUGUAGUUUGUCCAUAUGCCUUGCCCAUUUUACCCUUUACCUCAUUUUAAAAGUUUUGUUUAUAGUAUUUAUUCAAAGACUUAAAUAGGCCUUAAAUAAUCGUAUGAUAUUAUAAGUAUAUCAUAUGAAUCAUAUAUUAUAUGUAAAUAAAUUAUGCAGUUCGAAGAA